UUGUCUCACUGUGUCGGGACCAACUCGCUGGGUCCCGCUGGGCCUUGGAGAUCAGGAGGGCCAUGCAAGAUGAAGAGAGUCCGCACAGUGUUCAAACCAGAGCAGCUGGAGAGGCUGGAGCAGGAGUUCCUCAAGCAGCAGUACAUGGUGGGCACGGAGAGGGUGGACCUGGCUGCAACUCUGCAUCUCACAGAGACUCAGGUCAAAGUCUGGUUCCAGAACCGGAGGAUCAAGUGGAGGAAGCAGAGCAUGGAGCAGAAGGCAGCAAAGCUCUCACAGUUCAGGGUGAUCCAGCCUGUGAGUGCUGACUCCACGGACAGCAAGGACCACGAGGAGGACACCGUGGAUGUGGAGCUUUGA